AUGUGUGUUUCAUAUGUGUUGGCAAUGGGCACAACUUUUGUUUACAUACUAAUAGUGGCCUUCUGGGGUGUUAGUGGACAAUGGAUAUUCCCAGACAAGUUACACAUGGAAUUCAGCACUGUGAUCAACAAACACUGCGGGGAAAUGCCAUACAGUGUGCGGGAACGUCCUGCAUUCGGUCGAAUGUAUGAAAAUCCUUGGUUAGUGCUUUUACGCCACCCUGAAGACACAUUGCAUUUUUGCCACGGCACACUGGUCAGUAAUAAAUAUGUGCUAACUACGGCUAUUUGUGGUAUGGCCGUGGUGACUAACGCGAACGCCACCACACAACAACAAGCAACGGAGAUUAUUUUGGGUGAACAUGAUCUCAGCACUGAGGUAGAUUGUAUAACUCCAUGGAACUGUUCGUUGCCCACUACUAGACGAACAGUAGGAAGAGUGAUUGUUCAUGACAAUUUUACUAGCAACUUUUAUGAAAAUGAUAUUGCUCUACUUCACAUGAAUGCCUCUAUUCAAUUCGACAACAGUAUUCGUCCUAUAUGUUUACCGUUGGUAUCGAUAGUAGACAAUACUGAUGAUCAGCAGCAGACUAUAUACAAUACGGUCUGGUCGAAAGACAGCGUUCCAAGGCAAAUUUGGAUGCGUAACGUGCCUACAAAUGUUUGUCGAAAUCAGAUAAGUCAUGUUUUUGCUCUUAGCGACGGUCAAAUAUGUGCCCGAAUCUUUCUUGAUAAAUUUUUAGAGGAUAUGAAUGGAAGCGCCGGUUCUGCGUUGCAGGUAGAUUAUCAUGGACGCAUAUAUCAGUAUGGUUUGUUAUCCGUAGGAUUCCGCGAUGUUAUUGAGAGGGCGCCAUAUGUUUAUAUAGACAUAGCCAAGUAUAGUAACUGGAUUCAUGAUACCAUAAAUCUCCAACAAUAA